CCUGUCAUCGGAAUUAGUUGAUUUUGAAACAUUGAAACGGAAAUUACGAAGCGCAAGUUUUUUGUUCUCCGUUCCUAAAACCCCUACAAUUCAAAAGAAAAAAAAAAUGUUCAAACAUUUAUGCUGUAUCUUCGUGCUGGUAGUGGCAUUGGGCCAUUCAAUUUCCGCCAAAAAUGUGCCCCCAACACAAGCUCCGGAAACCAACAGUGUCCAGUUGCGUGAUGUACAAACCGUUAAGGAUAUACGCGCCUUCAUAGCUCAACAUCCAAAUUUGCGUUUGACACGUUUAAUCAAAAAGGAACGCACCAGCCAUUUGCAGACAGUCAAAUACAGUUUGGGUAAUCGUGUUUCAGGUGAUCGUUUGGUUGCUCAAUACGGUGACACCACCUAUUAUCCGGCCAAAAAGGAUGUGACCACACAGGUAACUUAUCCUGAAACUGGUACCGGCAGUUUGGUCACUGCCGUCGAAAUCCAUUGUCUGCAGGACGACAAUGGAGGCAAUGCUUAUGUGGUAGCCGGUGGCAUUGGACAACGUUUCAUUUCCAUUGUUAUGGAGGCAACACAAACGGAACGUUUUACCUACAACAUCCAUGUCUAUGGUAAGGAUUAGGCAAAGCAGUAAAAAACGGAAGGAGAAACUUCACACCUGCAUCGAGAGAGAGUGUGUGUAUAGCUAUAGGGAACAAAGUGUACGUUUUUUGGGAUUUGAACAGGAUAUGCAAGUGUAAAUUUGAAAAUUGGUUUUCACUAUGUGUUCUAAGAACUUUUUCUACUUGUAUUAAAAAUUAAAUAAAAUGUUUGCAAAAAAAAAACAAAGAA